AUGAUAUCUGCCCGUCGCCAUGCAUCCACUGUGGUCACCCAAUGGCCGCGGUCACAACCUUGGAUCCUAAAGACGCGCCUUCCAAGCCGUCACUUUUCCCAAGCCGUUGCAGACGAACAAAGUGAGGCGGAUGGCAAAGUUUCGACCUACAACCGUUAUGCUGCCGAGACACCGUUGGCCAAGGAGUUAGACUCGCUUGGAGUGUACCGACGCGGUGUUGUGUGGCAAACCGCUAUGCGCAAGCGCUUGGAGGCCGAAGAAGCUGCAGAAAGUCUUAAGCAACAACCUGCGACAAAAGCCGGGAAGGGUGGGAAAAUUAAAAAGGAAGGGCGUACUAAGAGAGCCACCUCUGGCCUGGCACGACUUCGAAAGCUUGUUGCCGCAAAGAGUCCCGAAAAAAGAACCGAGAUAUGGGAAACGAUUAUCGACGCUGAGCGCUUGCAUCAACAGAAAAUAGCCAGCCUUCGUCGAAAACCCGGGUCGAAGUCAAAGUUGUUGGAUGAUCGGUCACCGCAGGCGGCGAAGAUUGUACACGAGGCGCUCAUAAAGUACGACCAGGGAAAGUUAACAGAGGCUGAGCGACUUAAACUGGAGGCCAACCUUGCGCGGAUUACAUUGUCCGAAGAAACUGCUUCAGAAGAUGGUCCUAAAAAUGGUGCUAGUAAAGUCAGUAAAGCCAGCAAAGCCAGCAAAGUUAGCAAAGCUAGUAAAGCCAGCAAACAAACUCCUGGCGAUUCCGACUUGAAACGCGAAACGAGGUCAGGAGAUAGGAGCAGAAUACACGUGGUGAAUGAGAAGCUUUGUGACGACGUGCUCAAGUGCAUUCCCUCGCUCGAACGACACAAGGGAUGCGACAUAAUCGACUUGUAUCCAGGCACUGGCUUGUUCAGUCAGAAGCUUAACGAUCUGCUCCAGCCCAGAUCGCACAUCCUCCUAGAGCCUGAACCGGAGAUUUACCAGAAGUUCCUUGAGCCAAUACUCCAGCGUCCCGGUUCGAGGCUUGUCCCAAAAUCAGGCAUCGUAUGGGAUGAAUUAAACAACAUUCUCAAGCCCGAGUUUCUACCCCAUCAAAAGAUACAAGAGCGUACUUCCGGUCAGGCUCCCACACGAAACGAUACCCUCCUCUUGGUCGCAAACCUCGGCUUCUUUCCAAGCAAGACGUAUUUGAACUUCAAGUCCGUGGUCUCUCUGGUGAUGUAUCAGCUGAUCUCAGCCAUCAAGUUGCGCAACCUCGUCCAGAAGUAUGGUCUUGUUCGCAUGCUUGUAUGGGUCAAGCCCCCAGAAGCCGAUACCAUUCUGCCCAAAGAUUUAACCAAGCGUCGUCGCGCCGCUGUCGAGGCCGAACUGCUUACGGAAUAUAUUGCCGAGAUUUGUACCGGUCCAGAGAGGAUGGAGUAUCGCGCAGGACUCAACCGCCAUGGAACAAUAGAGGUGCACAGUUGUCGGAGGACUUUGGACAGAAUGCGUGAAUCAGGACUAAAGAUACCCGAUGGGAGACAAAUAUCGAAGCCUAUGCGCCACGUCCUUGAAGCCGAAGCAGCCGGCCAAGACCUUCCGCAACUCGGUGGAACUCAGAUAAAGAAAAAGGGGAAGCAAAAUCAAUGGAUCGAAUCCCAGGACUCAGAGUUCGACAAGGGAAUUUCCAGGUGGCUUUUUUUGAGGGUCUCGUAUGCGCAGGAAUUAUUGCAAAUGCGCAAGGAAGCGGAGGCCCUCUGGGUUGAAAUGCAUGAGAAGCGGAAUCUUCUCAAGAGCGAAAAUCCCGAUCCUGAAUUACUACAUGAGAUCGAGUCCAUUCAGGAGAAACUCGACAGCUUGUCAACCGAAUGGAACAACAAGUUCGAGCGCUACUCAUAUGGGAGGGGCGGCAUGCACAGAUACCUCGACGAACUCCUUACAUUUCGGAUGGACCCGCCUGUCUUGACGUGGGAUCGCCGACCGGUGGAGCCAUUCCUGGUACGGCCGGAAGAGUUUUACCCCAACAUACCGCUCUCGCUUCUCGACAUCCAACCCAAGGCUGCAAACCCUAUGCUUCUCGAGAACGGUGUUGGCUCAACCCGGCAUGGAGACCACUUUGACAGGAUCCUGCAACAGUUGUUUUCUCAGCGAGCGAGGCCCGUGGUAAGGAUCAUGGCGGAGCUCGCCCAUGGUGCCGAAGAGGGCUUGGAUCUGGAAAACCUAGAGAGCUUCAAAGACCCAAGGCUGGGCGGAGCAAUUCUGAAAGGUCACGACGUAGUGCGUCCCGCCACACUGAAUGAACGACAGUUGAUGGAUGUAUUGGUUGCAUGGAUGAACUGGCCAUUCCGGCCGUCAUAUGCGGAAUUGGCGGCGAGGAAUCGGGACGAAGAUUAUGGGGAUGAUGCAUGA